AAGGAGAGCAGCACCCGCGGCUCCCUGCAGCUCCCGGGGGUGCUGGGGGAACGCAGGCGCUGUUCGCACGGUGCUCCGGGCCCCUCAGCCCAGAUCCAGCUCGUGGCGUUCCCAGAAACACGGCCGGUGCCGGGCCAGAGCGAGUCUGGUGCAAAACCCACGCGUUUUUUGCAGCUGUGGGUCUGCGGGGGGGCUGCCCGGCUCUUUGCUUUCCAGACCCCCGCUUCUGACUGCGGCCGUGUGCCGGGGCUGAGCCACGCCGAGGGCUGUGGGCACGGUGCUGCCCUGCGGGGCGAUCCGGGAGGGGUGAGGAGGGGGAGUGGGGGCUCCCUGGGCACAGCGAACCCCUCCGUGGCCUCUCGGGGGUAAAUUAAUCAUUAAACCCUCGGAGAGCCUUAAAGCGACCGCUGUCUGCGAGGCCGGGCGGGGGCUGUAGGCAGCGCGGGGCUGCCCCUGGCAUGGAGGAGCUGGCUCCUUUUUGGUCCUGUGGGGCUGGCUGUGGGGGGGUCCUGCCCGCAGAGCUGGGCAGAGCACCCUCUCCCUGGGAAACCUGAGCCCCGCCCCAGCCCUCCCCAUCCUCUCCCCCAUGGGGAGCCCUCCUGAAGCUCGGUCCCCGCGCAGCGGCCGUGUCACCUCCCCGGGAGCGCUGGGGGGACAAGGGGAAGGGGAAGGAGUAGAGGAGGGUGCUGCCUGCUGCUGGAAUAACCCCAGGCAGGGCUGCUGGGGGCUCUGCCGCCCCCUCCCCGCCAGGUCGGGGCCGUGGAUGGAGGCACAGGAGCGGGGAGAAGCCACCUCGGCUGCCGCCAGUUGCUGCUCUCGGGGUUCGCCCCGUGAUGCCGGUGCUCGUUCAGCUCUCGGGGAGCAGCCGCUGGCCCCGGCGUGGGCUCGGCACAAAGGGCUGGCCUCCCAACAGGGGGAGCGGCUCCCAAACGGCCCCAGGAGGGCCACGGGGGCCGGGCCGUGCGUGGCUGCAGCCCUCCAGGUGAGCCCGCUCCCGUUCCUCUCGCAGCCAGCCCGGUGGCCACGCACUUUCUGCGGGGCUGUGCCCGUGCCGGCGGCCCGCAGGAGGCCAGCAGUCGAGGCCUGGGGAGCGGUGGCACGGGGACAGGCUUUGUCAAAGGUUUCCUCCGUGCCUCGGAAGCUAAUCCUGCCGUCACGUGGUGCCGCGGCUCCGCGCUCCCGCUGGCCUCGGACGCAGGCAGGGCCGCGGCCCCGCGCGGGGACGGGGGCGGCGGGGGGGGCUCCGCUCGGCCGUCGGCUGCCGGAGGGCUUUGGGUCCCUCCUUUGGGCUCGGCGACAAGCGGCCGACGGGAAGGGAAGCCCUGGCAAGGCCAGGGAGGGAAACAGGAAAAACAGCCCGUAAAAAGAGCGUAAAAAUAGCGAGCCUUGGCACGGGCCUGGCCUGCGGGGUUUUGUCUGGGCCCCUCAGGGCUGCUCCCGGGGGCUUGGGGGCAGCGAGCUUGGGGCAGCCCCGCAGUGGGGACGAGCACGAAGCCCCCGGUGCUCCUGCCUUGCCGAGCCGCCUCUUGGCGAGGCUGCGGGGCCGCGGAUGAGGCUCGGGGCCCAAGGCAGAUCCCGGACCCCCCCCAGCGCUUUGGGUGAGGGCAGGAGGCGCUGGGGCAGGAGUCGCUGGGGCAGCGGGGAGCAGCGAGCGUCGCCUCCCCGCGAGCCGUGCCUGGUGUUGGCCGGGCAGGAGGGAGCCCCGCUUCUGGAGGAGCCGCGGUUGCUGGGGACAGCUCUGACUCUGCCAUAGUCCCCACCAUGGGUGACAUGAAAACUCCAGAUUUUGACGACCUUCUGGCAGCUUUUGACAUUCCUGACAUCGACACGAACGAGGCCAUUCACUCUGGCCAUGAGGAGGCCGACGCUCACAUCAAGCAGGUCCCUGGGGAGCCGGGGCCCCCCGACCACGUCCUGCCCCACACGGACAUCACCGCGGUCAGCGUGAUCGUGAAGAACACCGUGUGCCCCGAGCAGCUCGAUGCCCUGGAUGGGCGCAGUAAGGACGGGCACGUCAUCGGGCCCCGCUUGCUGCAGAACGGCUUCGGGGCCACCGAGAUGCCCAGGUCCCCCAGCUCCAGGUCCGUGGAAGCUGUGGCAUCCUCCAAUGGGGAGUGCUGGGUGAAAGAGAAAGGUCCCAAACCGCUGGAUAUCUUCUCCCAUUUCAGUCCCGAUCCCAACGAAGACAACGCUGCCAACCUGAUCGACAGACCUCGAGAGUGCAAGCCCAAGGAGAAGUCCCUGGCCGUGCCCUCCCUCUCCCCGUCGCCCACCCCAUCGCUGGACUGCAAGGAGCCCAUGGGAGAGAGCGCGGAGAACCUGCCCCCGGCUUUCCCGCAGCCCUUUGAAACCAGCCAGGCAGGGGGAGCAAACGGGUCCCCUCCUACCGUUCCCUGCAUCAAAAAAGAGGAGUCUGACUCAGAGGAGGUGGGCCGCGAAGCCAGCCCAAAGGGUUUGGCCGCAGCCCUGGGUGACAGUCCCUUGGAGCACUUGAAGUCGGUCACUGUUCGCUACUCCACAGGUGAUUCUCCCAUCGCUUCGUGGCCCGGUUCCGACCCAAACCUGGACAGCAGCACCAGCAACCUCCCUGAAGUGAAGCGCUCGCCCACCAGCCCCCGGGAGCCGUUCUUCAAGCCUUCGUCCCCCGUGGUGCAGAGCCCCAGACUGCCCCCUUCUCCGAAGCAGCUGGAUGACAUCGCCCUCAAGGAAGAGCAGGAGGCUCUGGAGAAGUCGAUGGGAAGCCCACAGAGUAUGUCCAGUGCCGAGGAAGAGGAGGAAGAAGACGACAACAACAACGAUUCCCCUUCUUCCAAUUCCUCGCGGCCCCUGAAAGUGCGGAUUAAAACCAUCAAAACGUCGUGUGGCAGCAUCACCAGGACGGUGACCAGGGUCUCAUCGGACUCAGAGCCAGGCUCCACCAAGGGGGUGGCCGAGCAGAGCUCUCAGGAGCCCUCUCUUGAGGGUCUCAGCUUUUCGGGUUCGGCAGAGAAAGAGGACGGGAUCGUGCUGGAGGUGCCCAAGGAGAAGAUGGAUCUCUCCAGCCCCUUGAAAACCAUUGAGGGGCCAAAAAUUGUCAGCGUCCAGCUUGGCAACGGCACCAAGAUCAAAGGCACCGUCCUGCCGGUCUCCACCAUCCAGAACGCCAGCAGCGCCAUGCUGAUCGCUGCCAGCGUCGCCCAGCAGAAAUCCGUGGUGCUGCCGUCCAAGACGGGCAAAGCCGUGGCCAAGAACAUCAUCAACCUGGUGCCGCAGACCCUGCCCAAAGCCGACACGCGGACCAACGUCAGCACCGUGACGCAGACCACCACCAUCACCACCACGGCCAACCAGAAGGUCAACGGCACCACGGUGGUGAUGGUGCAGCCGCAGAAACCUUCCCCCACCAUCGCGGGCACGGUCAUCUCCAGGAGCCAGUCCAGCCUCGUGGAAGCCUUCAACAAGAUUCUCAACAGCAAAAACCUCUUGCCAACCUACAAGCCCAACCUGAACCCCCCAGCCGAUGCGAGCCUCUCGCUGCCUCCGUUCGGUUACCGCUGCCUGGAGUGCGGGGACUCCUUCGCCCUGGAGAAGAGCCUGGCUCGCCACUACGACCGGCGAAGCAUGCGCAUCGAGGUGACCUGCAACCACUGCACCAAGCGCCUCGUCUUCUUCAACAAGUGCAGUUUGCUCCUGCACGCCCGGGAGCACAAGGACAAAGGGCUGGUGAUGCAGUGCUCCCACCUGGUGAUGAGGCCCAUCGCUUUGGAUCAGAUGAUUGGGCAGCCGGACAUCACCCCCCUGGUCUCGGUCGCCUCCUUCCCUGCCGGCAAAGUGGCCGGCGUGGCUCAGGACGCCUUGGCCGCGGCCAACGGGGCUCCGGAGCUCCCCAUCCUGCCUCUGAGCAGCGGCUUGGAGCAGACCAACUACAGCUGCUUCAGGUGCCUGGAGUGCAAAGAGCAGUGCAAAGACAAGGCCGGGCUGGCCGCGCAUUUCCAGCAGACGGUGACCACGGGGACGACCAGCAGCACGGUCUGCACGACGUGCCCCAUGAUCAUGUCCAACCGCUGCAGCUUCAACGCCCACCAGAGGAUGCACAAAAACCGCCCCCCCCACGUCUGCCCCGAGUGCGGGGGGAAUUUCCUCCUCGCCAACUUCGAGACCCACCUGAAGGAGGCCUGCCUGCACUUCUCCCGGAGGGUGGGCUACAGAUGUCCCAGCUGCGCUGUGGUGUUCGGCGGGGUCAACUCCAUCAAGUCCCACAUCCAGACCUCCCACUGCGAGGUGUUCCACAAGUGCCCCAUCUGUCCCAUGGCGUUCAAGUCAGCCCCCAGCGCCCACGCGCACGUUUACACGCAGCACCCCGGCUUCAGCAACCAGCAGUCCAAAAUGAUUUACAAGUGUGCGAUGUGCGACACGGUCUUCACCCACAAGCCCCUGCUCUCCUCCCACUUCGACCAGCAUUUGCUCAACCAGCGGGUCAGCGUCUUCAAGUGCCCGGACUGCCCGCUGCUCUUUGCCCAGAAGCGCACCAUGCUGGAGCACCUCAAGAACACUCAUCAGCCCCAAAAACCCAAGGACGACCUGGCAAAGAAGGCGGCUGUCCUGCUCACACCAAAGCAGGAACCUGUCGAAACCCCCGUGUCCAAGAUUUCGGAGGAGUCAUCGUCCUCCACGGAGGAGGAUGAGCCUCCCAGCUCACCAGAGCUGCGCAAGACAAAGCGGAGCCGCUUCCAGCGCAAGACAGUCAACAAGUCGAAGGGCAGCGGGUGGACGUGCGGGGUUUGCCACUCCUGGUUCCCAGAGCGUGACGAAUACGUCUCCCACAUGAAGAAGGAUCAUGGCAAGUCGGUGAAGAAGUUCCCGUGCCACCUGUGUGAGCGUUCCUUCUGCUCUGCUCCCAGCCUCCGGAGACACGUGCGCGUGAAUCACGAAGGGAUCAAGCGCGUCUAUCCCUGCAGGUACUGCACAGAGGGCAAGCGGACCUUCAGCAGCCGGCUCAUCCUGGAGAAGCACAUCCAGGUGCGACACGGGAUCAAGGUGACCGACCAGGCAAAGAGCCAGGAGGUCGUCAUCGCCCGGAUAGGGACUGGCACUACGCAGGUGUCCAGCCGGAAGAGGAAGCUGUCCUCGGACGAGGGCGACUCAUGCAGCGAGGAGCCUGACAGCACCACGCCUCCCUCCAAAAACCCCAAGGGCGACCGCAAGGCUCCCUUCCGCUGCCGCAAGUGCGGCUACCUCGCCAGCAGCUCGGCCGACUUCCAGGAACACAUUCCCCAGCACCGGACUGACGAGAGCUCCCACCAGUGCCGGGAGUGCGGGCUCUGCUUCACCUCCCAGGUCUCCCUCAACCGCCACCGCUUCAUCACCCACAAGAAGAAGAAGGGAGCGGGCGAGAUGGAGGAGCCGGGGCCCCGCAGCCCCCUUGAAGGAGGUGCCCAGCACAUGGCCGAUGGCAAGCUGUCCUGCAAGGUGUGCGGCCGCUGCUUUGACAGCCAGCUGAACCUCAAGACGCACUUCCGCACCCACGGCAUGGCCUUCAUCCGUGCGAGGCAGAACGCAAGCCCUGAAAACUAGGGCCCCGGUGGAGGGGUAUGAGACGUGUAUAUAAUCAGCACAGAGCAGUUUGUGAGGAGGCUGCUGGAAGCCCACCUGGGUGCCACCUUCCUCCCUCCUCCUGGGCAGCGUUUUGAGGCAGGGCUGCGUGAAGGAGCUGUGAAGAGAUGCAAGCUGGCUGGUGCGCUCCGGCCCAACUCCGUGUGCCCUGCACGUGGAAUCUGCUCGGCCACGGCCCUGCGAGGCUGAGUGUUCGCCCACCCCUGCUCUGUGGGCGAGAGCAGGGCGAAGGCAGAAUUUCGGCUGCCUUAUUGUAUAGCAGAUGAGGGGCAGAGUCCAAGCCGGCCACCCUGCCCCGGGGGAAACCAAACGAUCUGUUUGCUGCUCUGUUGUCACACGGGGCCACAGCUGCCCCACAGCUGGUCGCAUCUGUGCGGAGGGACAGUGGCCUCCCUCGCCCAGGGACGAGGACAGGGAACGACAUCUCCCCACCCUGGGCCAGUGUUGGCAAAUCACAAGUCGCUGCCUCUUCUGACCUCGGCUUUCACACCGCCUGGACCUUGUGCUGCAGCUCAGUGGCUUUCUUCUUGUUCCCUCGUUCCCAGGAACCUCUCCCACAUCCCAAGAACCAGCCCCAGCUGCGGUCAGCUGUGCUGGGAGCGGCUGUGUUGGGGUUUGCUGCUCCUCUGGGAGGGCUGGAGCAGGGCAGGACCUGGGGACCAGGGGAAGAUGUCUCCACCGCCAGGCAGAGCUGUCUGUGCUGGCAGUGACGUCACAGCAGGAUCCACCUUUUUUUUUUUCCUUUCCCUUUUCUAUGUUGCUUAUUUUGUAUCUUGCUGGGAGAAGCCGAUUCCAGACUGGUGGCCGCUCUCCGUUUCCGCAGAGAUGCUGCUGCUGCCUGGGCCCCUCCGUGGCUCAGUCCCGGCGCUGCUCACCCGCGAGGUUGCUCUUUGCCAUCGCUUGCACUAACUCGAGCCGGCGCUGGCGUCAGCGUGCUGGUUUUGCACCAAGGGACGGCUGCACAAGGCCCCAGCCUGUGGCCUUUCACGGGGAGGAGUCAGCACUGGGAAACAAGCAAACAGAAGCCUCUCGACAAGCUCAGAGCGAGCCCUGGUGGCGUGGGCCACCCCAGCAGCGCUGCACCGAGUCUGUUCCUCGGAGCCCAGGGAGGUUUCGGGGCUCUCCCUGGGCCCCAUCCUGGAUCUGGGCCGGCAGCGGCUGCUUGCCAAGCCAAGGGGCCGAGGAGGGGAAGCUGCUGCCACCGCGCUGAUGGGGAAAGCUUUUGCCUGGCUUUUCCAAGGGGCGAUGCCAUCACCCGGUGCUGCCAUCCCAGCACCCAGGGCUUUGCUACUGCCCGGCCCGCAGCGGGGGCUCGGCCGUGUUCGCUGCUCCUCUUCCACACAACGCCCGCAGCUCCUGGCAUGGCCGAGCUCCCCCGAGGCCGCGGGGAACCACGUCCAGUGUGUGCGGGAGCCUGGCCCCGCGGUGCAGCCCGGCCGUGGUGGGGGCUCACCUGUGCGGGGCUGUCGCUGCAUCUCCCCCCCCCCCCCGCCCUGUGACCUUCGGGGAAGGAGAAAAACAGCCAGAAAAGAGACUUCCUACUUGUUCUGUUUGUUUAGCGCCUGUGCUUGGGGUAGGGUGUUUGUGUGAGUAAUUAUUUCAGUAACUUAACUUUGGGCUCCUUAUUUCCUUGUGAAUAACAUCUAACACGCUGUGUAAAGUUGUAUCAUACACUAAAAGUGACAAAAAACUACUGUUGUGAUUUGGGUUGCUUUUUUUUUUUUUUUUUUAGUUUUUAUGUUCUGGGGUGGGGAAAGAUGGUUUGCUGGGGUUGGUUUCUGGUGUUUUUGUUUUUUUUUUUGUUGUUGUUGUUUUGUUUUGUUUUGUUGUUUCAGGUGCAAGGAGGGGGUUAAUCCUCCCCCUUGCUGCAGGUGGAUUCAACUGAACGGCACACACGGAAGGGGGGGGGGGGGGAGGCUUUUUAAAAAUAAAAGAGAAAAUAAAUUAGCAGUUCCCACAGCCCCCAGGCCAGUCCCCCCUCCUGGCAGGGGGCCUCUUUGCCUCCCCAACCCCGUCGACCACGUUGUCGUUUCCUCCAUCGUCGUCUCCCCGACCCCUCUCAGCUGUAGCACGUGGGGCUGUGAACGUGUAAAUGAUGUUUAAUAAUAGAGAAGAACCUAAAGUUUCUACGAGUUUUAGAGGAAGGAAACAAAACAAAUUGCUUUGUAAUCUCUUGGUUUUCACGCACUUCAGUGCCUUUAGAUCAACUUCUGUUAAAGCGUGGGGGCGGGGGGGCGUCUGUACACUUGUUUUUAGGGGUUGUGACCUGAUUAUGCUACAUUAAAACUACGGGCACUGCAAGAGGCUCUCAGGUAUCCUUUAUUCUUGUAGUAAUAAUGCAAUUAAACUUUUAGUGGUUUAA